UUUUGGUUGUUUGAAUAAAUUAGGGAUUUUUUUUAAAUAGAUUUUAUUUGUAUUUGUUAGUUAGAUUGUAUGCUUUAUUGAUUAUUUCUACCCAAACAGGUUAUGGAACGAUAUUUUAAGAGAAAGUUUUCAUCAACUACCUCUAGUUCAGAUAAUGUGGGUAGUUCAAGUGUAAGAUAUGUGGGUAUUUCAAGAGAUGUGGUGGGUAGUUCGAAAGAAAGUGAGUUGCAAGAUGUAUUGGCUAAUCUUCCUGCAGACCCUGGACUUCGACCUCAAAUGUUGGAUUAUGAUCCUAACAUUCGAGACGAAGUUCGAAGAGCAUAUCUACAGAAGGGUCCAUGUCAACCUAAGGAUCACACAUUUCCACAAACCGAUCUUUCAGGGUAUGAUCGACGCUUUAAUGUCAAGUGGUUUGAUGAGUUUGACUGGUUGGAGUACAGUAUUAGUAAAAAUGCUGCAUUUUGCCUUUAUUGUUAUCUCUUCAAAUCCAAUUUCAAAAUUGGUCAAGGCUGUAGCGAUGUCUUCACCGAGGUGGGUUUUACAAAUUGGAAGAAGAAAGAUAAAAUUAGGCAACAUGUUGGAGGUGUUGGGAGUGUUCAUAAUCAAUCUAGACAAUAUUGUGUGGAUCUUAUGAAUCAAAAGCAACACAUCCAAACAGUUUUGAUAAAGCAAUCAGACCAAGCUCGCAUUGAUUAUCGUAUUUGCUUGACAGCUUCUCUUGAUUGUGUGAGAUUUUUGUUGAAGCAAGGUCUUCCUUUUCGUGGCAAUGAUGAGAGUGACACUUCAAACAACAAGGGGAAUUAUGUAGAACUCUUACAAUUUCUUGUUGAUCAUGAUGAGAAAGUUAAGGCUGUUGUGUUAGAAAAUGCUCCAGGGAAUCUCAAGCUCAUAGCUCCAACAAUUCAAAAAGAUCUUGUGAAUGCUUGUGCAACUGAAACUAUUAAGAAAAUCAUUAAGGAUAUGGAUGGUGCCUUCUUCUCCUUAUUAGUUGAUGAAUCACGUGAUAUAUCAGUCAAAGAACAAAUGGCGGUGGUGUUUCGUUAUGUGGACAAAAGAGGGUAUGUAAUUGAAAGGUUUGUGGGCAUUCAACAUGUUAGUGACACUACAUCAAACUCACUAAAAGAGGCUAUUGACACAUUGUUUUCAAGAGAAGAAUUGAGCAUUUCCAUGCUAAGAGGACAAGGAUAUGAUGGAGCUAGUAAUAUGAAGGGUGAGUUCAAUGGUCUUAAAACACAGAUUUUGAGAGAAAAUCCUUAUGCCUAUUAUAUUCAUUGUUUUGCACAUCAACUUCAAUUAGCUCUUGUGGCUGUGGCAAAGGGAAAUGCUGAUGUUGCAACUUUCUUCACAUCUUGCAAUAGCUUGGUUAAUAUUGUUGGAGCAUCGUGUAGGCGACGUGACAUGCUUAGAGAUCAACUACAGAAGAAUAUUACAGAAGCUCUUGAAAAUGAUGAUCUUCCAACAGGGCGAGGCUUAAAUCAAGAAACUUCUCUCAAGCGUGCCGGUGAUACACGUUGGAACUCACAUUAUGGUGAAGCAAAUAGGUCUUUGAGAGAAAUACAAUCUUUUGAGUUUGUAUUUCACCUAUUUUUUAUGAGAUCUUUAUUGGGAGCCACAAAUGAUUUGUCACAAGCAUUACAAAGAAAAGACCAAGAUAUUGGGAAUGCAAUGUCUUUAGUCAAAGAUUGCAAGGACACACUACAAGAUAUGAGAGAUAAUGGAUUUGAAGCCUUGCUUGAUCAAGUAUUUUCCUUUUGUGGCAAACAUGAUAUUGAGGUUCCAAGUAUGGAUGAUGCAUAUGUAGCUCAGUGGAGAUCACAUCGCAGAGCUCCUAGAAUAACACAAAUCCAUCAUUAUCGUGUGGACAUCUUCAUUCAAAUCAUUGAGUGGCAACUUGCAGAAUUAAAUCAUCGCUUUAGUGAGGUAAAUACUGAGUUGCUUAUUUGUUUGGCAUGUUUGAGUCCGAAUUAUUCAUUCAUAGCUUUUGACAAACAAAAGCUUCUUCGUUUUGCUGAAUUUUAUCCUCAAGAAUUUACACCCCGAGACCUCUUGGCACUUGAAGAUCAACUUGGGAUUUAUAUUCAUCAUAUGCGUACGAGAAGCGAAUUUUCUCAAUUGAAAGGGAUUGGUGCCCUUGCAAGAAAAAUGGUGGAGAAAGGGUUGCAUAGAACAUUUAAUUAUGUCUAUUUGCUUCUGACAUUAGCCUUAACUUUACCAGUUGCAACUGCUUCAGUGGAGAGAGCAUUUUCUGCUAUGAAUGUUAUCAAAGGUCCACUUCGCAACCGAAUGGGAGAUCAAUGGUUGAGUGAUAGCUUACUUGUUUAUAUUGAGAAAGACGUGUUUGUUUGUAUUGAUAAUGAAACUAUAAUGGGACGUUUUCAGAAUAUGAAAACUCGUCGUGGACAAUUGUAAUGUGGUUUUUUCUAUUAAUUAUGAAUUAUAAAUUAUCGUUUCAUUUUUAUGGGUUUAUUUUGUAUAGAAAGUUUUUACCCUUUUACACGUUGACCCCUGCAAGGAAAAUUCCUGGAUCCGUCCCUGAACCUAGUCCAAGUAUCUUGUUUUAUUAUAACUAAUACAUGUUUCAAACGGAAAAUGAUAGCCCACCAAUCUGUAAAUCCCAGAUUAACAUAAUGUAUUUAUAUCCACACCAUCAACUAAAUCAAUAGAUGCAUGAUGCCAUCUCUUUACUUUAUAUGUUUAUGGAAACGAUAUGCAUAAUACCGUUUGUUAAAUCAGCAUAUACAUACAAUCACGUGGGGCCCACUUCAGAAGUACGAUGCCACCUACUCUAGUAUUUUGGUGAGAAGGAUGAGGAGGAGCAUUCAUAUGGAUCCAGUGGGGAAUCUUCUUUUUUAGUUCCGCUGAGAAAAGCAAGACAUUUGUUGUGCGGUUUUGAUUUUGAAGAAAAAGAACCCAACCAAAAAAAAAAGGAAGGUGGUAUUGGUAGGAAGAGAAACUCUCAUAACGAGGAUAGCACUUUUUGCGGAUAGCAUUUUUUGCAACACAGUGACAUAUAAGAUAACUUUUUCACGUGUCUUUGUGUUAUUGAUCGGGAUAGUAAAACAGUGUCUGAGAUGCUGUAAUUUAUUGCAUCAAGAAGAUUUCUGUAUAUGCUUCAUCUUCCAUAGGUACUGCAAGAUAAAUCCUGGCCUUCCACAGAACCAGAGGUUUAUCAAUCCUAAGGGCUGCAAUCAAGUCCAAAGUGAAGAACCUAACUUACAUGAUUGUGUUUUUAUUUCAACCCUCUGCUUUAUAUCAAAUUUUGAAUGAUAUUUUGAUGAGAUCACUCUC